AUGCGUACAGGAUCCGCUGCUUGGGGCCACCUCAAGACUUCAAAUUUCAGUCUCGGCUUCCAGCGUGUGGGCGCGAUCGCCGAAGCCCUGCGUCCAACCGCGUCUCCGCGGGGCCGUGCGGAUGGCUGGCCGGGAUCCGAGCGCAGCCCCGGCGCCCUGGAGCUGCGGCGCGCGGCCCCCGCGGGCGUGCCCGCUCUGACUCAGCUCUUCCGGACGCCGCCAGCCGUCGUCCGCUUCCCUGCGUGUGCCGACGCCGGGCGUCACGGCUCACCAGUGCGGGAGCCGCCGGCCGCCGGGCCCUGUCUUCGCGCGCUGCGUUUCUGCCCUGCGGUGACUCAGCCGCUUCCGCCCCGGGCCGCGCGCAGUGCCGCCGCCGCCGCCCCCGCCCCCGCCCCCGCGACGCGCCUUCUUCCGCCCUUAGAUGCGGGCCUGCAAGGUCCUGACCGGUCGUUUAAGCGUCCCUGUUUGGUGCUUGGGCCCUGCAAGGUCCUUCUCCGUUUGCUUUCCUUUGAGUUGACUUCAUUCUCAGGCAGGCUUUCCCUAUGUGGGAAAAAAGAUGGCCACCAGCAGCUCCAGGUUACAUUCUACCAAUUUAGUAACCCUAGCAGAAAGCAUCUCUAUGAUUCUCAGAUGAAGAAGGAAACAAGAAGGCAGCUGUCUGCAAGUCAGGAAGAAAAUCCUCACCAGGAGCCAAAUCAGUGGGCACCUUGGUCUUGGACUUCCCAGCUUCCAAAACCGUGAGAAAUAAACAUCUGUUGUUUAAGCCACCUA